AUGAAUAAAAGAUUAGCAACGAUAUCUGGACCGACACCAGAAACUCCAAUCUCACCUUCAGUACCAUCCGCAACUGUAGAUUUCGAUGAACCUUUUGAAAAGGAAUAUUCCGACGAAGAAGACUUUGAGUUGCUUAUUGGCUUUGAUGUGGAAAAUGCAAAGCAUCGAUUGUAUAACAUGAACAACAGCAUAAUAUUAUCAAUCAAUGAAAAUCAACAACGGGAUAUGUUUCUUGAAGUUGGAGUGAAUGUAAGUUUUGAAAAUCCAUGGAAACAAAUAGCCAAACAAUUCCUAGAAGAUCAUUUGACAUCAGACACAUAUGAAAUGAAAAUUCUUAAAGAAAAGCUUAAAGAGAUCGAAGAUGAUCCGCUUCUUUUGAUUGGAUAUGUUCCACAUUUAUCUAAUGAAUCAAAUGAUAAAUUUAUUAUUUAUCUCGAUGAAUUGACCUGCACGGAAGCAAGUGAAAUUAUUAAGCGAUUGGAGGCAGUUGAAAGACGAAAAGUUAUGAAAUCCAUUGUUAAAUAUCCUCGUGCUUAUCAAUCGAUGGGAAGUGAACAAGAAGUUGAUUUGUUUGUUAAGAAAAAACGUGAGAACAUUGUUGAUGUUGAGCUUCAAAGUGUUUAUCCCAUGCGCUACACUAAUUCAAACUUUGGUUUUCGUUUUGCUGAUGAUGUUCGAGAUGGUUAUGCAGAAUUAAUUCCAAAUAAAAAAAUACCGAUAGAAAAUAUUCAUCGUAAGAUGAUUGACCGUUCAAUUCAAUCUGGAUUGCUUAAAAUCACCGAAGAACAGCAAACCGAUCCUACAUUUCCAACGAAUGCUUGGUCUCAAUACCUUUAUGAAAUAGAUGAAGAGAUUGAAGUUAUAAAAGAUCCCGUUGAAACUAUUCCAGAUGAACAACAAGACGAAAAUGACGUUCCAAUGAUAUUGGAUCGUAAAAAAAGUAAAGAAGAAAUCCCUACCGUGACAAAUGUUGGAAAAGUUGAAGAGUUUAAACCUUCCAAGCAAAUCGCAGAAUUACUAGAAAUUCUGGAGUUCAAUCAAAUCGACAUGUACCGUAAUGAUUAUCCUUCUAUCGCUAAAACAGAAAUUAUUAAAUAUAAAAAACCUUUUAUCGAGGAAGUUUGCUGUUUCGAGAACAUUUCGAAAUGUAAAGGAAGAAAUGUAAUUUCAAUGGAUUGGCAUCCAGAGUUUAGUGGUGUUUGUGUUGUUGCGUAUGGAUUUAAUUUAACAACAAAAACAAUAAAAGAUGGUGAAGAGGUUGAUGUUGUGAAACGUACAAUCAUUGAAAGAAAUCCUAUUCUUGUAUGGAGUUUUGAUGAUCCAUUAUAUCCCAAAUUAGAACUUGAAGCGAUAAGAGAAAUUUCGUGUAUUUCAUUUUGUCCCUAUAAUGGAAACAUUAUUGUUGGUGGUACGUUGAAUGGUCAAAUCAUCAUCUGGGAUAUCACAGGUCGUUUACAAAAAAUCGAAGCUGAAGAAAGAGAAACAUUGACUCCCGAACAGAUAAAAAAUCGUUCUGAAAUUCGUGAAUUCAUGAACUGGAGUUUUUUAAAUGAUUCUAAUAAAAUUGUUCUCCCAGCUGCUACAAGUUCUAUUGAACGAUCACAUGAAAAUGCAAUCACGAGCAUUAAAUGGAUGGCUACAAAUUAUCAAUGCACAUCCAAAGGAGUUUUAAAACAAGAUCUUGAACACGAAACGCAAUAUAGGCAGUUUGUGACAACAUCACUUGAUGGUAAUUUUUGUGUGUGGACUUUAGAUUGGACCAUUGCGAGUGACGAAGCAGCUAAAAUUGUCAAAGUAGUUCGAAAAAUAAAUUUACCAGAAGAAUUAAAAGAAGAAUCGUCACCAUUUAAAUCAAUUGAUCAGAUGUUUCAUCCACAUUUCAAGCUUGCGUUUUCUCGACCAAUUCUCAGUUUCACAUUUAAUGAAGGGGAAUUUAUUUGUUCACCCUUAAAAAAAGUAACGAAAAAUUCUGAUAUCUCAAAUAGAAUAAUUUACAAUAUCAAAGCAGUCAAAAAAGAAUUUUUCAAUCCUAAGAUGAUUGUUGGAACUUCAGUUGGUGAAAUAAUCUUAUUCAGUUGGGAAGGAAGUGAUUUCUCAAAUGGCGCUAUCCUUAAUCAUCAAACAAUGGUUAAAGAUCUCUUUGCUUUUAUUCACGAUGGCCCCGUCACUCAUGCGACAAGAAAUCCUUUCUAUUCAGAUGUUUUCAUCUCUCUUGGUGGAUUUAUUUUUGCAAUUUGGCAUGAUGGAUUCAAAGAAUUUCCCAUCUUUUGGCGUCGUCGAGAAAGUCGAUUAACUGGGUGUCAAUGGAGCUUAGAUCGACCUUCAGUAUUUUUUCUAAUCUCUGAAGAUGGAACUUUCGAAAUUUGGGAUUUAACUAAUCGAAUUGAUAUUCCAUCUAUGGAAGAGUCUUUAGGUGGAUACAUGUUAACAUUUGUGCUUCAACAUAAGUUGAUGUUGUCAAAGAGACUCUUAGCGAUUGCAGACUACAACACAAAUUUAAGAAUAUUUACAAUUCCUUCAGCUUUUGUACAUCAACUACCAGACGAAAUUCAAGUUUUCACUCAACUUAUUAAUGAAGAAAUUGAACGAAAAAAAGGUCAAGAACAAUGGAAAAUUGAAUGGUAUGAAUCAAAUAAAGAUAUUGUCGAAGCUAGAAACGUAGCAGAAAAGGAACUUAAUGACGAGUUGGAAAAGAAAGAAAAACUUCGACGAGAAUAUGAAGAAAAACGAGCUGAAAUGGCCGAGAUAGAGGCACAGAAACGUGCAAAAAAACAGGCUAAAAAAAUGGUUUUUGAUCUUCCUCAGCGCUUAGAAAAGAAAUACAAUGAACAGAAUUACAAGCGGUUGCUGAAAGUAUUAAUGGAACGCAAAAAAGUUGACAAGGAACUACUUGACAAACAAACCAAGGUUCUUAAAGAACGAAUGCGCUACAAUGAACAGAAAAGAGUCGCAAUCAAAGAAAACUUUUCGAAAAUAAAUGAAGAUCUAUCCACGAUUCGCGCCCGUCUGAUACCUGUAGAAGAAUAUCAGGCAUCGCGAAAUGAACUAGCAACUGAAGCUGUCGAUGAAAUUCUUCGUUCUAAAUUAGAUUAUCAAUUAAUUGAAGAACAAUCGUUGGCACAACUUGAAACAUUACCAGAAAUGCAUCCAAUGACGAAAGCUGAUAUUUUACGGCGAUGCAAAGAAAAUCGAGAUUGGUUAAAUCAAAGUAUGGGUGGAGGUGAUCGUUUGAGCUUUGAAAAUUCUAAACUUAAGCGGCAUAUUCGAAAAAUGAGCGACUUAAGUGUCAUAAGUCAUUUUCCAGGAAAUCGCUCUGUAACAUUUUCAGCUGAUCUCAAGGAUCAUGAUAGUCGUCUGAUUGACACACCAAUUUCAAAUUAA